AUGCCUGCUGCCUGCUUCGGUCUUUUCAACCUUGACCGCACCCCUCGCACUCGCCAGCCUCCCGGUGCCACUUCGACUUCACUCGACCAUAUAUCUUCGGUCCUCGAUUUACUUCGUCCACACCUUCAACCAGCUCAUGACCUCCUCAACCCGUCCCGCACCCGCUCAUUCAUCCGGUGGUCCCGUAUCCUAAGCACCUUCCCCUCUCGUUGGAUUCACGCAACCGCUUGCGAACGCACGUGGAAAAGAGGCGAAAAGGGCAAGGUGGACCAGUAUACGCUCCUCCAUCCCUUCUGCUCAUGUCGUCCCCCCUUGCCUGUCGGCGAUUCACUCAGCUCGUACUUCCUCUCUCCUUCCCGUUCUUCAUUCUCGCAAACCCCAUACAUACCCCGCGCCCUGACGUCCCAGCUGCUCGCCGACCAAGUCCUGGCACUCCAGUAA